UGAACUUUGAUUGAACUCUUGAGAUUGAUCAAGAAAGUGCAGCAGCAGCAGAGACAUGGUGAGGUGCUUGCUGGUGUGGAUGCGAGUGCGGCAUGGGCUAAGGCUUCAUCAAAGAGUGGAGAGGCCGAUUGGGAGACAUGGCAUGAGAGGCUGUGUCAUGUGAACUUCCCUAUGCUGCAGAAGUUGGUGAAGGAUGGGAGCCUGAAGGGCUUGGAGUGCCCUACAACCCGCAGCAGAAUGGCGUGGCUGAGAGGUUCAACAGGACCCUGCAGGAGGGGGCACGCACUCUCCUUGGGCGUGCAGGGCUGCCUGAUCCGUUUUGGGUGUCUGCACUGAGGCAGGUCGCCCUUGUGAAGAACAGGGUGCUGGCUACAGUUGGAGAUAAGGAGUGGAUCCCAUAUGUCAAGUGGUAUGGGAGUGCUCCAGCUGUGAAUAUGCUGAGGGCAUUUGGGUGCAUGGUAGUGUUUCAUGUGCCCAAGGAGAAAAGGGGGAAGUUGGAGGCUUCUGGAAGAUGGGGUGUGCACUUGGGGAUUGCAACGGAU